AUGCGCAACAAAAGGGGUCAAGACCCAAAUCUCUUCUGUGAAUUUCACAAAGAUACGGGCCAUUUAACCGAUGAUUGCUUUAGCCUAAAGCAAGAAAUCGAAAGAGCCCUAAGAGACGGAAAGCUCACCCACUUAGUCAAAGGUGGAAAGCGCGAUUACCGCCAGAUACAAAGAAGAGACGAAGGGCCAGACAAAAAGAAGCUCAGAAAGUUAGAAACUCACAUGGUACAAGGAGGUCCACGGCGACCAAGGAAACAUUACAACAAGCGCGCGCAAGAUGAUUCAUGGCGCGAGAAACAAGUGGUUUUUCCAGUUGUCAGGGGAGGUCCAAGAGAAAAGCGGCCAAUAGUCAUUCCAGGGGCGAUCGGUCACUACCAGACAGAUUACAUCUUUAUUGACCCCGGGAGCACCGCGGACAUCAUAUAUGAACAGUGUUUCAAUCAAUUUGACCAAGAGGACAAGGCGCGCCUAGAGCCAGUCGACUACCCAUUAACUGGUUUCUGCAACGAGGCCGUCUUUCCCCUAGGACAAAUAUCAUUCCCAGUAUUACUUUCCGAUGGGAGAAAUUCAAGAACCGAAGAAGUCACAUUCAUGGUACUGCCGGCGCACUCUAGGCAUGACAUCCUCCUAGGAAGAGAAUCACAAGGAGAUUUCAACAUGAUCUGCUCCGCACCACAUUCCGCUGUCGGUUUCCCCACCGAAACAGGCAUUGCGCUGAUAUACGCCAGCAAAGAAGUUUUAGCAACAGACGACAGCAGACCAGCCAAAGCAAGCAAACCUGCACCGCGCAUAGAGGCAGAAAAAUGGGUAUUGAAUAGCGCGUACCCAGAACAAACAGUCACUCUGGGGCCCGCAAUGUCCGAUCUAACGCAACACCGUCUAAACGUCUCCGAAGAUGCCAAGCCAGUGGUGCACGCCAAACGCCACCUAGGCGACAUCAAACAUGAUGCCAUGAAAGAACAAGUGCUAGAGUUGUUAAGCGCAGGAAUCAUCAGGGAAGUCCGGUACCAAACAUGGGUAGCAAGCCCAGUAAUGGUAAAGAAACCGAAUGGUAGUUGGCGAAUGUGUGUCGACUACAAGGAUCUGAACAAAGCGUGCCCCCGUGACUACUACGCUUUACCAGACAUAGACGAGAAAAUAGAUUCUUUGGCAACGUUUCGGUGGAAAUGUUUUCUGGAUUGCUACAAAGGAUACCACCAGGUCCAGAUGGCUGUGCAAGACGAACAUAAAACCGCAUUCCGCACACCAACGGGGUUAUACUGCUACACCAAGAUGCCGUUCGGCUUAAAGAAUGCGGGUGCAACAUACCAAAGGUUGAUGAACGAAACAUUCAUUGACGCCAUCGGUAAGUACAUAGAAGUGUACAUGGAUGAUCUGGUAAUCAUGAGCAAGGAGGAGAGCGCGAUGCUGGCAAAUAUCCAGAAGACCUUCAACACGCUGCGAAGCGUAAGCAUCAAACUGAAUCCAGCGAAGUGCUCAUUCGGAAUGGAAGAAGGAAAGUUUUUGGGCUUCAUAGUCACUAAAUAUGGUUUUAAGGUGAACCCAGAAAAGGUCCAGGCCAUAGAAAGGAUGCCUUCACCAGCAAACGUCAAAGAUAUGCAAAAGCUCGCAGGACGAUUGGCAGCACUCAAUCGGUUCCUAGCUAACCAUGCUGCAAAAUCCUUCCCAUUCAUCAAGACCUUGCGCAACUGCAUGAAGAAAAACCAGUUCCAAUGGACUCCGGAAGCAGAAAAUGCGUUCCGCGAGAUGAAAGACUGUCUAAUCAAGCUGCCAACUCUAACCGCACCAAACAAAGGAGAACCUUUGGUCAUGUACCUCUCAGCUUCCGACAAGGCAGUCGGAGCUGUAUUACUUGUUGAUCGUCAAGGUGUCCAAACGCCUGUGUAUUAUGUAUCUAGAACCUUGACCGACCCAGAAACCAGAUACGCAAUCAUGGAAAAGCUUGUCCUUGCACUGAUUCACGCGUCAAGAAGGCUGCGCAGAUAUUUCGCCAAUCACGUCAUCCACGUGCUAACAAACUACAAUAUUGGGAAUAUCCUAGCAAGGCCAGAAGUAUCAGGAAGGUUGGCCAAAUGGGCAAUAGAGCUAGGGGGACACAAUGUGGUCUUCAGAUCACGCCCAUCGAUCAAGGGCCAAGUCUUGGCAGAUUUUAUGACGGAAGUGCCAGACGACAAAGACAGAGAAUGCAAGGCGAUGGAGAAAGCUGAGAAAAAACAAACGGAAGAGCCAUGGCUACUGUACACAGAUGGUGCAUCCAACGAAGAUGGGGCAGGCGCAGGGCUAAGGCUAGUAAGCCCUGACAAACAUGAGUUCACAUACGCCAUACGCCUAGACUUCAAGAGCACAAACAACGAAGCAAAGUACGAAGCCUUUCUGGCCGGCUUGCGUUUGGCGAUCAAAAUGGGGGUCCGACACAUCGAAGCACAUGUGGACUCCAUGUUAGUAGCAGGCCAAAUCAACGGCCAGUAUGAAGCCAAGGGCGACAUAAUGGCACUCUAUCUCAGCCAGGCAAAAACGUUGUUACAAACCUUCUAUUCCUACAAGGUGCAUCACAUAAACCGCAGCGAAAACAAGCCGGCAGAUGCUUUAAGCAAGCUUGCGUCGACAAGUUUCCAGCACUUGGCAAAGGAUGUGCGCAUAGAAGUUUUGAGCAACCCAUCUGUUCCACUCAGAGAAGUCAGCGUCAUCCAAACAGGAACCACGUCCUGGAUGACACCCAUAAUCAUGUACUUACAAUCCGGGAUACUUCCAGAAAAUAAAGCUGAGGCGCGGAAAAUCCAGUACAAAUCAGAACAUUAUCAGAUGGCAGACGGGAUACUGUACCGAAAGUCAUAUCUCGGCCCGCUGCUAAGAUGUGUUGAUGCCGACGACGCAAAUUAUCUGAUCCGGGAAGUACAUGAAGGCAUUUGUGGUAUCCACGCUGGGCCGCGUAUGGUAGUGGCAAAAGUAAUGAACGCCGGUUACUACUGGCCCGGAAUGCAUCUAGAUGCCGUGAAGGAAUUAAGGAAGUGCAGCGGCUGCCAGCGGCAUGCACCAAAAACCAUGCGCCCCAAAAACGAACUGGUACCAGUAACAACCGCAUGGCCCUUUCAGCAAUGGGGCAUAGACAUGGUGGGCCCCUUCCCAGAAGCUCCGGGGGCAGUCAAGUUCAUCAUAGUCGCGGUCGAUUACUUCACCAAGUGGGUGGAGGCCAAGGCACUCGCAUCAACCACGUCGGCAGUUGUUAAACGAUUCAUUUGGGAACAAAUCAUAUGCCGAUUCGGCCUACCACUCAGAAUCAUCACCGACAAUGGAACAAACUUCGCAGCAGAUGAUCUCGAACGAUGGUUCAAAGAACUAAACAUCGAACAUACCUUCUCGUCGGUCGCACAUCCGCAAGGGAAUGGUCAAGUUGAAGCAGUUAACAAGAGCAUCGUCGAUGGCAUAAAGGCAAGGCUCGAUGAAAAAAGACGUGGGGACAAUGAAGCGUCCAACGCAGAAAAACCGGGAAAACUGGCUCCCAACUGGGAAGGCCCGUACAUCAUUGAUGAGGUCCUCGGCAAGGGGGCAUACAAGCUACGCACCAUGAACGACAAAGAAGUUCCACGAACCUGGAAUGCCCAACAGUUACGAAAAUGCUACAUAUAA